UUCAAUUUUAUUCAUUUCGUGGUGUGGAUGCGUUUUUUGUCCAUUUGUUAAGAAAUAGUGAAUCGAAAAGUAUAUUUAAAAAAAUAAAACUUAAAACUUGUUAAAAUUAGCAGAAUACACAUAAAAUAAAUGCAAUUUAAAGCAAUUUAUCCUGAAAAUUUCAAACACAGUGAAAAAAUUAUAGAUUUUUUUAAACAGAAAAUGGAGUAUAAAUUGUUAAAUUUAAUGUUUUGUUAAAAGUUUUUUUGUUGGUCUGUUUUUGUGUAUAAAAGAAAAAAAGCAAAAUUAAAACUUAAAAAAUAGCUAAAGUAUAAAAAAUAAACUAAACAUUAAAUAAUUAAUAAAGAAAUUUUGUGUGUAAAUAUUUUGUUUUUAUAAAAUCAAAAUUAAUUUCCGGCGCAUAAAGAUUUUUUCAAAACUGGAUUAUAAUAAAUCCGACGAUAUUGGAUCUCUACAGGAAAAUAAUUCAGGCAUAACCAACAAAAUGGUUAAACGCACUGAUGGUUCAGAAUCCCCCACAUUAGCGGAAUCAGAUGCAGAUGGUCAUGAAAAACCACGUGUAAAAUAUGGAGAAUUAGUUAUAUUGGGCUACAAUGGUUAUUUGCCUCAAGGUGAUCGUGGCCGCAGACGUUCUAAAUUUGUUUUAUAUAAACGCAGUGAACCCAGUGGUGUUAAACGUUCCAAACAUUAUAUUGUCCAAUCACCACAAACAUCUAAAGCCAUACUCGAUGCCAAUCAACACUCAAUAUCAUACACAUUAUCACGGAAUCAGGCUGUUAUAGUCGAAUAUAAAGAGGAUACAGAAACCGAUAUGUUUCAGGUUGGACGCUCCUCAGAGUCGCCUAUUGAUUUUGUUGUAAUGGAUACACUGCCUGGUGAUAAAAAAGACGCAAAAGUAAUGCAGAGUACAAUAUCACGUUUUGCAUGUCGUAUCUUGGUCAACAGAUGUGAACCCUCAAAGGCGAGAAUAUUUGCAGCCGGUUUUGAUUCGAGUAGGAAUAUAUUCUUGGGUGAAAAAGCUACAAAAUGGCAAGAUAAUGUGGAAAUAGAUGGCCUUACAACAAAUGGUGUUUUAAUCAUGCAUCCAAAGGGUCAAUUUUGCGGUGGCAAUGCCAAAUGUGGUCUAUGGCGUGAAUGUUCGGUGGGUGGCGAUGUCUUUAGUUUGCGUGAAUCACGCUCAGCCCAACAGAAAGGACAACCGAUUUAUGAUGAAUCAAAUAUUUUACAAGAUGGCACUUUAAUUGAUUUAUGCGGUGCUACUUUAUUAUGGCGUUCUUCAGAUGGUCUACAGCAUUCACCGACCAAACGUGAUUUAGAGAAACUGAUUGAUGAAAUCAAUGCUGGUCGCCCUCAAUGUCCUGUUGGCCUUAACACUUUAGUUAUACCCCGUAAAGUUAACAUUGGUGAUCAAAUUAAUCAGCCUUAUGUGUACUUAAAUUGUGGUCAUGUUCAAGGUCAUCAUGACUGGGGCCAAGAUAAAAGUACUGGCGCCCGACGUUGUCCCAUGUGUCUGGAAGUUGGUCCUGUGGUAACACUGUGUAUGGGUUUAGAACCAGCGUUUUAUGUAGAUAUUGGUCCACCAACAUUUGCAUUUAAUCCAUGUGGUCACAUGGCUACAGAAAAAACGGUCAAAUAUUGGGCUAAUGUUGAUAUACCACAUGGUACAAAUGGUUUUCAAGCUGUUUGUCCAUUUUGUGCGACGCCCCUUGAUGGUAAUUCCGGUUACAUUAAAUUAAUUUUUCAAGAUAAUUUAGAUUAAAAUAAAUAUGUAUAAUAAAUAUUAAAACAAAAUAAGUAAAAUUGCAAAAAAACAAAUUGAAAAUUUAAAGUAAAAAAACAAAUAAUCCAUAGGCUUUAUUUUUCUAAAAACGUAAUUAUUAUAAAAACAAAACAAAUCCAAAAAAAGAAAUAAUAUAAAACAAAUAAUGAAUUAUUAAUAAUAUUUACAAAUUAUUUUUUAAAAUAUCAAAAGAAAAAAAAAUUUCUAUUUAUAUACAUACAACAUACAACAAAUUAUACAUAAAUACAUACUUAUAUAGAAAAAACAAAUACAUACAACAUACACACAUCUAUAAACAUUAAAAUUUUGAAAAGAGUUAUUAAAAAGAAAAACUGAAAAUUUAGAUUAUUAUAAAUUGAUUACAUAAAUACAUACAAACUCAAAUUCAUUAAAUCAUUUCCUUUUUUCAUUCGUAUUGUAGUUAUCGAACAUUUUUCUAUAGAAUAUUAACGAAAUUCUCCUCAAAAAAUUGUUUUAAAAGCUUUAUACUAACGAUAACUUUCUCUUACUGAACAUGUUCUUUAGAAAACUUUUCCUUGUUAUCAAUCCAAUAGAUUAGAUAAUUACUUUUUUAAAACAAAUGUUAAUAAUAUUUGAUUUUCAAAUUACCACAUGAUGUUUCCAGUUUUCUAAUUUCUCUAAAGGAUUAAACCAUCUUUCGAUGCGAAAAGAAAGGCUUUCGAUAAACAAUGUAUUUAACAUACAAAUUCUAAAGCCUCUGUUUUCGAAACAAGUUAAUGCUUCUUUGUUUAAUUCCUUUCAACUUUUUAUGAAAAUUGUCUUUAAUAUCUCUGUUAAUAUUCGCUAUAGAGCAAUUAUUAUAUUUUUUACAAGUUUUUUCUUCACUAAUCACUCAUUUCAAAUGAUUUGGUAUGAAAUGUUAAACAAAAGAAAGUAAAAAUAAUAUUAUAAAUUUUUGUAAUUAUAAAUUGUAAAAAAAAUAUAAUUGAUAAAUAGAUAUUUUGUAGUAAAAAUCAUAACAAACAUACAUACAAACAACAUACAUACAAAUUUAAUUUUUCUAAUUUAUAAAUUAUAUAAAAAUUAUAGUAAAAAAACAACAACAACAAAACAUAAAAAUAAUAAAAACGAAAUGCCUUGAAGAAUUUUUUUGUACAACUUUUUCUUACGUUUGUUUUGAAAACGAAAACGAAAACAACAACAACAAAAAACACACAACAACAAAUUCUUUUGAUUUUUCCAAAUUUUAUUAUAAAAGAAAAAAAAACCUUAAGAAUAAAUAACUAUUUGUUGCUAAAAUAAAACUCCUCCUUGAUGAUGAUGCUCUAUUGAAUGUAAAAGUUAAAAAAAACACAAAUAAUUUUUUUGUCUGCUCUUAAAAGAAAAGUAUUAAAUGAAUGUUAUUAAGCCUAAAUAAGAAUUUAUCAAAAUUUGUAUAAAUAUUAAAGUAAAACAAAAAAAAAAAAAAAAACUUAAAUUCCAAACUUAAAA